AUGAAAGCAACACCAAAAUCUCAGGUCCAGAUACAGCCUGAUUUUCAGCAAGAUCCAAAUGACAUGAUAGCUACAAUGCAAUCACUGGAUUCAGGACGAAAAGUGUUUUCGUGCAAAAUAUGCGGACUGCAAGGCCUACAGAAACAAAAUGUUCGAAGACAUAUAAUUUUAAAGCACAUGCAAGGACUGAUUGCGUCAGUUUCCUGUUCUCUGUGUCAGAAAGAGUUCACGCUCAAGUCUAAUUUGAAAGCACAUUACAUAUCUGCUCAUAACAUGCCCGAUAACCUGGGCUCCCAGUGCAUUCCAAGUGUCAUCGCAAUACUUCCAGAGAACGGGUCUGUGAUUGUAGGAAAGGCAGCCCUCAACAUAGCUCCCUUCAUUCCGUCAGCCAAUCUCAUCUACGAUGCUAAGAGAUUCAUUGGCAGGAGUUUCGAACAAUCUACAGUUGAAGAGAUCGAACAGAUUAAGCAGAGAUAUCCAUUCAAAAUACACAUCUCGCAUCGAGACUCGGCGUUUUUUGAGGUUGUAUUGGCCAAUGGCUCGUCCCUUUUCUUCUCGCCGGAGCAAGUGGGAGCAGAGAUCCUCUCGUAUCUGAAGAACACUGCGGCACACCACUUACAGAAACCAGUGACGAGGGCGGUGGUCAGUGUUCCGGCUGAAUUCGACAACAGCCAGAGAAAUGCGACCAAAAAGGCGGCUGCCAUUGCUGGCCUGGACGUCUGGAGAGUGAUCCAGGAACCGACUGCGGCUGCCAUGGCCUACGGACUCCACGAGGAGGAGGGAAUCCAGAUGGUGAUGGUGAUAGAUUUAGGCGGAGGCACUUUAGAUGUAUCUUUACUAAACAGACAAGGAGGUAUAUUUCUAACUGCAGCAAUCGCCGGAAACAGUUACCUGGGAGGCCAGGACUUCACGCACCGACUGAUGACGCAUAUAAUGACGCAAUCUAACCUAACAGCAGAUAGCAUAUCAGAAGACAAACCGCAACAGUCAUCAUCAACUGUGCUGCUUAAUUCAGACCCUGACAAACCACUUGGUGCUAGCAGUGCAACACAACAGUUAACAGCUAUUGAUCAAACUACGCUGCAAAAGAUACGCCUUCUAGCCGAUCAAGUUAAAAUUGACCUCACUACCGCUAGCCAUGUCCAGGUACAAAUGCAGGAACCAAUUAAAGUUAACCUAAAUAUCACCAGAGAAAUAUUCAACGAAAUCAACGCAGAUUUGUUCCAGAAAGUUCUAAGACCAAUCGAAGUAGUUUUAGAAGAAGUCUCGUUGAGCCGAGAUGAUGUUGAUGAAAUAGUGCUAGUUGGUGGCUCAACUCGGGUCCCAAAAGUCAGAGAAGUGAUUGGAGAGUUCUUCGGCCGCGACUUGUCAAGUCCUCCGAAGGUCGAUCCGGAACUGGCAGUCGCCACUGGAGUAUCGGUUCAGGCUGGCAUUCUAGGAGGAAUGUGGCCUUUGCAAGUAAGUGCAGUCGAAAUCCCAAUGAAGGUGCGAAAAAUACAUGUCUUGUAGUUCAGAUCAAAAAUUUGACUGGACAGUUUGCGCUCUGGGAUGAAAGCAGUUUUUGUUGGCCUUGGACUAUCUUUCAGCGGGUGAUUAACUCAUAAUUGAAUACUUAGCUUAGCUUCCAAAGCUUUUAUUUAUGGAACAUUUGAACUCUCGGAUGUUUGAUGUUGUUAUGUGUGCUAAGUUUAAUAGCUAUAUGGUGCAAAUAUUUUAUGUCGAAAGUUAAUGUUUGUAUUGUAAGUAAACUAUAGAAAGGGUUUUCAGUACAAAUUUAAGAAUU